AUGGCCCAGUGGCGUCCCGACAUCUUCAGUGCCACCGCGAAGGCGCCUCAGCAUUGUGUGCUGGACCUCUUGUGCCGGAAAGAGAUUGUGUACGGCAAGGCCUUGUCGAUGGAGCCCGUGCUGUGUCGUGUUGCUGCCUUCUUAAAUGCCGAGUACUGCAUUGGGCACGACACGACGCGCAUGGCGUUGGCAACGAUCCUCAUGCAGCUCUCGACCAAGCACUACAAGCUCGUGCGAAAGAACCCUUACUUCUUCCGAGCACUGGUCGUUCGGCGGCCCAGCGUUGCUAAAGUUGCCAAGCUCCACGAACAUCUUCGUUCGGCAUCGAAUAGGAUCGAGUACGAGGCUUCAACACCUCAUCUAGAGCUCUAUGGACCGACGCUGCAGGCGCUUGACGUCUCGUUUUGUCACGAGGUGAUCGACGACGCGGCGCUCGCGUCGAUUGCGUCGCAGUGCCCGCGACUACGCCACGUCGUUCUAUGGGCCUGUCACCAGCUCACCGACCGAGGCCUCAUGGCGCUCGCCACGCACUGUCGGUACCUCGACUUUCUCAACUUUGGUGGCUGCCGCCACGUGACCGACGUCGCCCUCGAUGCGAUCGGGCAAGAGCUCUUGUACCUGGACAACUUGCAUCUGAGCGGCUGCAAGAACGUCUCGGACGCAGGUAUCGCUGUAUUGGCCACCUACAGCCGCGUGCUCUUGCAGCUAACGCCCGCCGACGCCGCGAGCUUUCGCGUGCCCCAAGAGUUUGACUUGCACCACAUGAAGACGCAGCUGCGCAAGUUUGACUGCAAACGCGUCGCGUACCGUGAAGCUGCGCCGGGCGACCACGAGCUCGUGCUCUCGUUUGGGUCGCGCCCCAAAGCAGUUGGGCUUUGGUGCACCUUGGACAGCAAGGGGCGGCAAAGCAAUGCAUCUCGCUCAAGGUGCUCAACGUCACGGGCUGCGACCGCGUCACGGACGCCGGCAUUCAAAAGCUCCGGGACCACCACGUCCAGCUAAGCGUCGUGCGUUGAUAACGCGAGAGAAUUCCCUUGGCGAACUACUCUACGC